AAGAUUCUCACAAAAGAUGGGUGGUUCAAGACUGGUAAUCUAGACAGCAUCAAUGAAGAAGGUUAUAUCUAUAUCAAAGACAGGAUUAAAGACAUCAACAUUCAUGGUGGAGAGAACAUCAUAAUAAAGAAGGGUGUGAAGGACUCUACUUCUGUAGAGAAUGCCUUGUACACUGUGCCAGGCAUGUUGGAGGCAGCAGCAGUGAGCAUACCUGAUGAGAGACUGAAAGAGUUGGUGACCACACUGAUCACUAUCAAGCUCAAAUAUCAUAGACAGAUUGAUGAGAAUAAACUUUUGGCUGUUACAGAAAAACUGUAUGGGUGUCUUUUGUUUCUUGUUCAGAUCAAGUAUAUGAGACUAACACAUAGAUAG